AUGUCCAAGUCAAACUGGGUGAACACGGACGGAACGGCGGACAAUGCUCAACCGCCGAUGUCUCUGCGCUACUUGAACGAGUUCGUGGGAAAGCUUCAGUGCGGCCCCCAGCUCCUGCAGCUCCAGAUCUUCCCCGAUGCGAAGGAAGUGUCCGAGAGCAUGGGACUUUUCAAUGCGGCGCGGCGUUUCCUGGAUUUGGACGGCGCAGACGAGUCCAUCGACGGAAUCGUCGUGGUGGGAGACGGUUCGACACCUCGAACAGCAGUCAUGUUUGCCUAUCGCACGAAGGGAUGGACCUGCUACAGUGUCGAUCCCGAGAUGCGACUACCUAGCGAUGCAGAACCUGUGCCAUGGGACGGCAUUGAAAAGGUCGUGCCGAUUCGAGCCAAGAUUGAAGACAUUCAGAUUAACCUUCGCCGCGCAAUUGUGGUUCUUGUUCACGCCCAUGUGACGCUUGACCAAGCGCUGUCAUCGAUUCACGCCGAAAGCAUUGUGGGGGUGCUGACAGUGCCAUGCUGCAACUGGUAUGGCAACCAAGAACGACUUCUACAGAGACACCCCGACAUUGUGUACGACGACUUUAGCAUCCUGUCCGACCACCGUGAAGUUCGAGUGUGGCGUAAUUCGACCAUCGCGACCACCGAAGUAGCGCUGAACCAAUCUGGAAAAGCCAUGACUGGUUGCGUCGUCAAAACUUACGUGAAUCCCCAAGCUGCCAUCGAUGCUAAGACUGCCGCGCUGCAGCACCUGCACGACGACACAAUGACCAAGAUGGCGCAGGGGACCACCACCAGGUCCGAGCUGUGGGGACCUCUCGUUUCGCUUUUGCAACCAUUUCUUGUUCUCGGCAGUCGCGUCGGCGUCCUGGGCGAUGCAAAUCGUGAAUUCCAAUCCUUCCUACUCCAAGAAACCCAAGCGACGACCGAGAUUUUUCAGUUGACUCAUAAGUACGACGUCGUGCUAGACCUGGGUGCUUUGCAUGAGUGCCUCUACUUGAUCGAGUCUCGAGUCGCGUCCUCGUUGGUGCUAAAGUUAUGCAGCACUAUCCAAAGCACUUUGGAUGGUCCAAAUGGGGUGUUUGUCUGUGUUACGCCGCGUCGAAAGCUCAAAGGCAGUUCCUUCUUUGCACAUCCAUCGCUGAAAUGGCGACUGGAAAGCAAAUCUCUUGGCUCCUCCUUUGUGCUCAUGUGCCGAGAAGCCUUGCCACACGAAACUGUGCCGUCCAGAGACCAAGUGGUGGCGGACUUACACCGAGUCGCCAACGACUUCAAGGAAGAAGCGACGUUGGUUCAAGGCAAUAUCAGCGGAAUUCGCAUCAAAAGCCGAAAGCUUACAUUUUUGGAUGUGAAUGCAAGUGGCACGACGAUGCAAGUGGUGCUGAGCCACAGCAGUCUCAAGCAAGGUGCUGUGGCCAAUCCCCAAGACGUUGCCCGGUACUUGCACGUUGGAGACACCAUCUCCGCCAAAGGAACACUUGAGACGCCUACAAAGCUCCACGCCGUUGUGAUCGAAGUCAUGUCAGGUCGAAGUGUUCCUGGCAAACGCCGAUACGGCAUUCAAGAAUGA